AUGGCGUUCACACGAGAUCAUGGUACGUGCUGCAUCGUACUCCCCUUGAAGCUCGGGGUGUCGUUGGUUGCCAUGCUGGCAUUCUUUGACUCCAUCGUCUGCAUAGUUGCUACACUCACGGGCGACAUCCGCUUCCAGCCGAAUGGCUACAACGAACAUUUCUACCGGGUCCCCGUCUUCAUCGGCGUCUUUGGAGUUUUUUUCGGUUUCUCCGGCCUGUUGGGGAUCUACGAUGACAAACCGGAAUGGCUGCGAUGGCUCGUCUACUACCUGGGAGUGAAGCAGGUGGCCCUUCUUGCCACCAGCAUCGCCGAUUACUCGACGCUUUGGAAAUGUGAAAGCUGGCCAACAUCCUCAGAACGUGCUCGGGAAACCAAUGAGCAGCUCCUCCAGUUGGCAGAGGCAGGAGUUUGUCCCUGGGCUCGUCUCGCCUACAUCGUGGGCAGCCUGAUGGUGCAAGGGUUUUGGGUUUACUGCUUUUACCAUACCUACUCCUACUGGAGACAGUUGCAGACGAAUCCUGCCUAUCCGAUCGACUUCGGUGCAGAGAAGCACGGUUUGGAGGGCCGCUGGGAUCAUUUCCAGGUGAAGGACCCCCGGCUUCCGGAGCAUGAAGAAGGUCUUCCUCUGCUUCCACAGCUCAGAGAAAGCGAGUAUGGCAGCGCCGAAAAGGCCAAACUCCGCUAUGGACCUGACGGCCAGGAGAUGGGCGACGUAGACAUCUGA